AUGAGAUGCAGCGGGCAAGGUAGACGGGACCUCGAGCCUAGAGAUAGAAAAGAGGCUGCCGCUAGCCAGAGAAGCUACCUUGAUUCGAACCGGCUAUACGCUCCCUGCGAUUGGUAG